UAAAUAUGGAUGAACAGCCCGGCGGAGGAGUAGGAAUGGCCGCCCAGCGACAGCAGCCCGCACCGCAGCAGGGUAACAACAGCAUUAAUCCCCAAAUCGCCAGCGCUGGUGGAGCCCCGAUGGUCCAGCAACAGCAGGACGAGAUGCCCAGGCCCCAACAAUACACCAUCCCGGGGAUUUUACACUACAUUCAGCACGAGUGGGCCCGUUUUGAGAUGGAGAGGGCGCAUUGGGAAGUGGAGAGGGCCGAGCUCCAGGCUCGGAUAGCGUUCCUCCAAGGAGAGAGAAAGGGUCAAGAAAAUUUAAAGAACGACCUUGUUAGAAGAAUAAAAAUGUUAGAAUAUGCACUGAAGCAAGAAAGAGCAAAAUACCAUAAAUUAAAAUAUGGGACAGAACUAAAUCAAGGUGAAGUGAAAAUGCCCAGCUUUGAGUCAGAAGAUACCAAAGAUACAGAGGUCUCCGCUAUACCUCAGAACAGUCAGUUAACAUGGAAACAGGGCAGGCAACUCCUCAGACAAUAUCUUCAGGAAGUAGGUUAUACGGACACAAUAUUGGACGUUCGGUCACAAAGAGUGCGGUCGUUACUGGGUCUGUCCGGCUCUGAGCAGAAUGGUUCAGUGGAAACUAAGAAUCUAGAGCAAAUUCUUAAUGGAGGAGAGUCUCCAGCCAAAAGAAAGGGACAAGACAUGAAAAGGAAUCCAGAGGUUCUGGAGACAUUUAAUUUUUUAGAAAAUGCUGAAGAUAGUGAUGAAGAGGAGGAUGAAGAGGGAGACAUAAUGGAGGACGUGCCAGACAGGAGUGAUAAACGCAGAAUAAAAAAACAUAAAUUUAGGGUUGGAAAUGAAGGUUUGGCCUCUGACUUGCCAGAUGACCCAGACACAGAGGAGGCACUGAAGGAGUUUGACUUCUUGGUGAAUGCAGAGGAUGGAGAAGGUGCUGGUGAGGCUCGGAGUUCAGGAGAUGGCACAGAGUGGGCUGAACCCCUGCCAUUCACGCCUGGGGGGGGCAAGUCCUUUAUCAUGGGCUCUGAUGACAUGUUGGAAAGUGUGCUGGGCCUUGGAGACCUCGCCGAUCUGACUGUGUCCAAUGAUGAGGCUGAAUACAGCUAUGAUCUGCCAGCCAAUAAGGAUGCGUUCAGGAAGACAUGGAAUCCCAAAUAUACCCUGCGAAGCCACUUUGAUGGAGUGCGGGCCCUGGCCUUCCAUCCUGUGGAACCGGUGUUGGUCACAGUCUCGGAAGACCACACCCUCAAACUGUGGAACCUCCAAAAAACAGUUCCUGCCAAAAAAAGUGCCUCUUUUGAUGUGGAGCCUAUAUACACGUUUAGAGGGCAUAAUGGACCUGUGCUCUCGUUGGCUGUGACCUCGAGUGGCGAGCAGUGUUUUAGUGGAGGAAUCGACUCAACAAUACAAUGGUUGAACAUCCCCAGCUCUAAUGUAGACCCUUAUGACACAUACGAUCCGAGUGUGUUAGCCGGCUCAUUGUUGGGGCACAGUGAUGCAGUGUGGGGAUUGGCUUACAGUGGAAUCAAAAACCGGCUUCUCUCCUGCUCAGCUGAUGGAACGAUCAAGUUGUGGAACCCUCAGGAGAAGUCGCCAUGUCUUACCACAUUUAACUUGGAUAGAGAUCAUGGUAUACCCACAUCCAUUGACUUCAAUGGGUGUGAUCCAGCUCAUAUGGUGGCAUCCUUCAACACGGGAGAUGCCAUCAUUUACGAUCUGGAGACCUCACAGCCUGUCAUGGUAUUCUCAGCACAAGGAGAAAGCGCUGUUCCGUUUGGAAAUCACAUUAAUAAAGUAGUCUCCCACCCCACCCUGCCAAUCACAGUCACAGCCCAUGAGGAUAGACAAAUCAAAUUCUUCGAUAAUAAAUCAGGUAAAACCAUCCAUGCAAUGGUGGCUCACUUGGAUGCUGUCACUAGUCUGGCUAUAGAUCCAAAUGGUAUCUACUUGAUGUCAGGAAGUCACGAUAGUUCCAUCCGUCUGUGGAACCUUGACAGUAAGACAUGUGUACAGGAGGUCACCGCCCACAGGAAAAAGUCGGAUGAGGCCAUAUACGAUGUUGCCUUCCACCCAUCUAAGGCAUAUAUAGGAAGUGCCGGAGCUGAUGCCCUGGCUAAAGUAUUUGUAUAAAAGCCCUUC